AUGGUUUCGAGGGUCGUCCAUUACUACGUUAUGAUGAUCCAGAGAAACGUGCAGUUUCUGAACCCAUUGAGAUGA